GGAAAAUGCUAGUCUCUGAUUUGUAUCUUCGUGGUUUGCCGACUGAAAUUUGAAUUGUCUCAACCAUUUCGAUACCCUCGAGCUACUAUUAAUUAUUAAACAUUUUUAUAAAUUAUGGAUUGAUGUCCACAUUUUCAAAGUUAUUUUUAUGUUCAUGUAAUUUAAUGAAAUGGCUUCUCCUUUAGAGCAAUUUGUUCACAGCGUUAGAACUUUAUCUUCACAAGGUAACUUCAGAGACUUAUGUGAGUUACUUUGUAAGUCAACUGAUAUUUUAAUUAAAAAUGGACAACAUCUUGAUGCAGUUCUUGAAUGCUUACAACAACAUUCUCUUGGAAUGCUCUCUGUCCUCAUCAUAAAACUAUCACUUCCACCACCUUCACCAGCAUCAAACACUAACCAAACUCAACCUGCAGACUACCAAGAGAUUCGUUUCACACAAGUUCAAGAAUUUAUUUCAAGUUGUGUUGCAGAGCAAAUCAGAUAUGCCCCUGAUGUUUUUGCCGAACUUUGCCACAUGGUAACACAACAAUUAGUUGAAGCUAAAUCACCAAUGAGAGGGAUUGAACUGAUUUCAAUUGCUAUAAAAAAACUACAGACAAGUGAUUCUCAUUUAACUUUAGUUCAUGCGGAUUUGUGUCAACUUUGCCUUUUGGCAAAAUGUUUUAAGCCUGCACUUAAGUUUUUAGAUAUUGAUAUAACAUCUAUUUCUAUCCAAGAGGGUGUUCAGUUUGAUGCUAAAUAUUUUCUUCUUUAUUAUUAUUAUGGAGGCAUGAUAUAUGCUGCUGUGAAAAACUAUGAAAGAGCUCUCUAUAUGUUUGAAGUUGUAAUUUCUACUCCUGCUAUGGCCGUUUCACAUAUUAUGUUAGAAGCUUAUAAGAAAUACAUAUUGAUUUCACUUAUACUUCAUGGGAAAGUUUUGCCAAUACCUAAAUAUGUUUCCCAAGUUGUUGGAAGGUUUAUAAAGCCUUUAAGUCAGGCCUAUCAUGAAUUGGCUAAUGUUUAUGCUACUAACAGCACCGAAGAAUUACGACAGAUUGUUACUAAAUAUGCAGAAACCUUUACCAGGGAUGAUAAUAUGGGCCUUACUAAACAAGUUGUAGCCUCACUUUAUAAGAAAAAUAUUCAGAGGUUGACAAAGACUUUCUUAACUCUUUCCUUAUCUGAUGUUGCCAGUAGGGUUCAGCUGAAUGGUCCAGCAGAAGCGGAAAAAUAUGUUCUUCAUAUGAUUGAAGAUGGUGAAAUAUUUGCUGCAAUUAACCAGAAAGAUGGUAUGGUUAUAUUUCACGAUGAUCCCGAAAAAUAUAAUAGCCCUGCCAUGCUCUGUCGUCUUGAAGAUGAGAUGACACUCUGCACUGAAUUAGAUCGUAGGAUACAGAAAAUGGAAGAAGAAAUUCUUGUAAAUCCACAGUAUGUAAAGAAAUCUUGUGGAGCGACUGAAGAAGACAUCACCUCAGGCCAAGCCACUAAGAUAUCUUAUUUAAUGUAGCACUGGAAAUCCAGGCAUGCUCAAUACUAUAAGUAUUUAUUCUUUCGAUGUAUAAUUUGUAUUGAUUUUUCUGUCUUUCCUUUGUAGCUCACACUGCUGUUUUAUAAAAAUUUUAAACAUGUAUGUGUACUGAAAAGUUGUUUUUAGACCGCUGGCGCUAUGCUGUAUAAAUGAACACAAGUGGCUCUAAUAAAUAAAUUUUUAAAAUCCAUUUAGAAUUUUGUAUACAGAUCAUGAAUACCACUUCUACCAUGAAGUAUUUGCAACUGAAAUGCAUUACUUUUACUUCUGUAUCUCUUAUGAUUUAUUAUAUUAUCUAUAAACAAAUCAAUGUGUAUAUCUCUUUUAUCCACAUGCAUAGCUAACAAAAUAAAAGUAGGAAAGUUUUGUUGCUUAUAAAUUUGAAGAGUUUGAAAAUACUAAAAUUAAAGAUUUAUGUUCAAUAUUAAUUAUAUUUGCCUACCAUCUGUAAUAAUUACAUUUGUAAAUAAUAUAUCUGAUAUUUAUUUUUAGUUCUGUAUAACAAUUUACAUUUUCAUUUAAGAAAAGAUUCAAAUGAUAUCAUUUGUUUCUAGUAGAAAAAGUAUAAUACCAAGUUUUAAAUUAGUUCCAUCCUCUUUCUCUGCAACAUUAAAAGUAAGCCUUUCUGUUUUUUUGUGGUAAUAAGAAAUUUAUCACCACAAUUGUACUAGGUUGUAACUUGUAAAAACAAAAAAUAUAUAUAAAC